UCAGCGUUUGCACAGGAUGAUGGCAUGGUGCAGCUGCCUGGCGGGAAGUUCCAGAUGGGAUCCAGCUCCCUGGAGAAGAGGAAUGAAGAGGGGCCCGCCAGGGAAGUGACAGUGAAGCCGUUUGCUGUCGACAAAUACCCCGUCACAAACAGGGAUUUCAGGGAGUUUGUUAGAGAAAAGAAGUACAGAACAGAAGCAGAAGCAUUUGGCUGGAGCUUUGUCUUUGAGGAUUUCGUAUCCGAAGAGCUGAAGAAAAAGGUCACCCAAAAACUGGAGUCUGCCCCUUGGUGGCUGCCCAUUGAGAAGGCAUUUUGGCGACAGCCCUCAGGUCCUGGCUCCAGCAUAAAGGACAGGCUGGAUUACCCAGUGCUGCAUGUGAGCUGGAAUGAUGCACAAGCAUACUGUGCCUGGAAAGGGAAGAGGCUCCUGGCAGAGGAGGAGUGGGAAUUUGCUGCCAGGGGAGGACUGGAGCAAAGGGUGUAUCCAUGGGGAAACAAGUUUCAGCCAAACCGCACAAAUCUGUGGCAGGGAGAAUUCCCAAGGGUCGACACGGCUGAAGAUGGCUAUCACGGCGUCUCACCGGUGACGGCGUUCCCUCCUCAGAACAACUAUGGGCUCUACGACCUGCUGGGGAACACCUGGGAGUGGACCGCAUCCGAGUACCUGACUCCAGGGCUGGCAUCAAGGCAGCGUGCUCAGAACAUGCGGGUCCUGAGAGGAAGCUCCGGGAUUCACACCGCCGAUGGGUCUGCAAAUCAUAAAGCUCAUGUUACCACCAGAAUGGGGAACACACCAGACUCAGCCUCGGACAAUCUCAGCUUCCGAUGCGCUGCCGAUGUUCCGCCUAUCAUGGCCAAGAAAAGCUGGACCAAACCCGAGCUCUGA